CUGAGACAUGGCAACCAAGGCUUGCCUAGCGCCGCCGAGAGCGCCUCGCUUGAUGCGGAGUCCACCAAGCUAACGUUAGCGGCUUACACAGAAUAUGCAUCUACGAGAGCAGAUGGCCAAGCAACCUCUUGCGUCACUAUCGUGAAUGUCAUUUCUUCAAUCACCAAUCCUAUUCUACCAUCUCUUCAAUCAACUUUAGCCAAUACAACACCCUGUCACGAAACCUUUUGAACAAAUCACAUUUGUCUCAAAAACUCAAUCAUCAUGGCGGCAGAAAUUACCUCCACGACUGUAGUCUCGGCACUUCCCCUCCUCUUCGGAGUAACCGGCACGAGCGUUGGAAUCUACAGUUUCGUGUCACCCUACAACGCCAUGCGUCUCUUCGGUCUUGACGCCCCAGCUACUGAGAAGACCACUUCCUCGCAGUCCGACGCUUUCCAGAAAUCUCUUAUCUACGCGUCUGGACUACGAAACAUCGGCACGGGUCUCAGCACACUUGGCCUCUAUGCAUUCUGGCAGUUCUCGCCGAUCUGCCAAGUGAGCCCGUUAGCUGCCGCAGUUACGAAGAAAUGCAUGGGAAUUUGCUUCAUGUUCGGUACCCUUGUCGGAGUUGGUGAUGCUGUUAUUGUGCGGCAGUUUGCGAAUAAGGAGUUUGUUCAAGGGGAGGCGGAGGAGAAGGCUGUCAACGCUAGUAUCAGUCAUGGCGUCACGGCGGUAGUCAUCCUGGCAACUGGCCUCUUUUUGUAUUUGUGAUCAAUGGGUUUGCGUGGUCUGGCUGCAUGCGGUGCUGGAACUGGGACUUCAUUUCACUCAUGUAUAACAUCUCGACUCAUGUUUCAUUAGUUGUUCACUAUCACCAAUAUCAUAUCGGAUGUAUUGAAGCAAUGAAUCAACAAAUU